AUGUCGCUCCCAGUUGCGGCAAUGGCGGCGCAGCGUGGCCCAAGCUACGACGUGGCCCUCACCGCGCUCCGCAUCCUGCAGCCUUCGCUCAUCCUCGUCGUCCUGCUCGUCUCGCUCCUCAGCAGGCCCACGCGCAACUUCUUCAAGGGCCUCUACAGCUAUAGCGACCAUGACGCCGCCUACUCGAGCCUCGAGCAGGCCGACGAAACGCCGUCGUCGGCUGCCGAACCGCAGCCCACGCCCGUCGUCGUGCCCGUGCGCUCCCGCCGCCGCUUCCUCACCCAGGCAAUGAUCCUCGGCCUCGCCACCACCUACGCCGUAUCCGGCGUCCUCAUCAUCCUCCGAGGUGUCAUCCCGCCAAAGCAGUGGCAGCCCGACCUGCCCCUCUGGGGCGCCGUCGACAUCCAGUCCCUCGGCGGCCUUCUCGGCUGGGGCCUUGUCGCCGUCGCCCUCCUGUGGGAGGAAAAGCAGCGCGGCAGGGGCACCUACGGCAGGGGCAAGGCCUUUUUCGCCUCGCUCGCCGGCGCCCUCGUCGACUGCGCCCUUGUCAUCCUCUACGCCAUCCCAAAGGAGAGGCGCGACCUGCCACACACCAGCGGCUGGACCAUCGGCCAGCUGGCCCUCGUCAUCCUCCGCCUCCUCCUCCUCUACCCCGUCCUCAUCGUCGCCCUCUCGUGGGACCGCACCCGCUUCGUACGUGCGUCCGAGCUCGCGGGCUCAUCGCAGCCGGGGAGCGCCUCGCAGGCCGCCGACGAGCGUAGCAGCCUCCUCCAGCCGCCGGCCUCGACGGCUGCAGCGGCGGCGACUUCGUACGGCGCAGCAUCGAACGGUACGGCCAACCCCGCUGCCGCAACCCCUGCCGCCGCCGCCGCCAAGUCGGCCACCGCCUCUGGCAGCCAGACGCCCAACCGCGAUCCCAACGCCUCGAUGGGCCUGUCGGUGGCCGCGCAGCCGCCGCCGCCCACGAUGGCCGUCUUUUUCCAGCGUAUCCGCACCCUCUUCCCCUACCUCUGGCCGUCCAAGUCGUUCAAGCUGCAGUCCAUCGCCGUCUUCUGCGUCGCGCUCCUCUUCUUUGGCCGCGUCGUCAACUUCUUCACCCCGCUCACGCUCGGCGAGGUCGUCGACGACCUCGGCCGCGGCGCUUCGCCCUGGUUCCACAUUGUCGCCUACGCUGUGCUCAAGAUGAUGCAGGGCACCGGCGGCCUGAUCAACACGCUGCAGAACAUCCUCUGGGUCCCCGUCGAGCAGUACUCGGACCGCCAGAUGAGCCUGAUGGCGUUCAACCACCUUCUCAACCUCAGCAUGGCCUUCCACACCCGCCGCAAGACGGGCGAGAUCCUGCGCAUCCUCGACCGCGGCGCCGCCGUCAACAACUUCUUCCAGUACCUCCUCUUUUCGCUGCUGCCCGUCUUCAUCGACAUCGCCGUCGCCAUGAUCUACAUGACCCGCGUCUUCAGCUGGGGCACCGGCCUCGCCCUCUUUGUCGUCAUGGUCGUCUACACCUGGGUCAGCGUGGCGCUGACCACCUGGCGCACCCAGCUGCGCCGCAACAUGAACAACAAGGACUCGAUCUGCCGGGCCAUCAGCGCCGACGUCCUGAUCAACUACGAGACGGUCAAGUGCUAUAGCAACGAGUCGUACGAGGCCGAGCGCUUCCGCAGCGCCAUGCAGGACUACCAGCGCCACGAGUUCCAGGUGAUUGGCAGCCUCAACACGCUCAACCUGUGCCAGAACCUCAUCCUCUCAUUCGGCACCCUCUUCUCGGUCAUGCUCGUCGCCCGCGACGUUGUCCGCGGCGCGGUGUCGACGGCCCAGUUUGUCGUGUUCGUCACCUACCUCCAGCAGGUCUACGGUCCACUCUCGAUGCUCGGCACCCUCUACCGCGUCGUCUCCAACAACCUCGUCGACACCGAUAAGCUGAUGGCGCUGCUGCAGGAGCAGACCGAGAUCAAGGAUGCGCCCGACGCCAAGGACCUCGUCGUCACCGACGGCGUCAUCGAGUUUGACAACGUGCGCUUCUCGUACGACGGCAAGGUCGAGGCGCUCAAGGGCCUCAGCUUCAAGAUUGACCGCCGCUCGAGCGUCGCCCUGGUCGGCGAGUCGGGCGCCGGCAAGUCGUCGGUGCUCCGCCUUCUCUAUCGCUUCUACGACAUCGACUCGGGCCGAAUCCUGAUCGACGGCCAGGACAUCCGCAAGGUGACGCAAAAGAGCCUGCGCAGGGCCAUCGGCGUCGUGCCGCAGGAGCCGUCGCUGUUCAACACCGACAUCCGCCACAACAUUCUCUACGGCAACCCCAAGGCGUCGGACGAGGCCGUCGAGGCCGCCGCGCUUGCCGCCCAGAUCCACGACCGCAUCCUCUCGUUCCCGGACGGCUACAGCACCGUCGUGGGCGAGCGCGGCGUGAGGCUGAGCGGCGGCGAAAAGCAGCGCGUGGCCAUCGCACGCACCAUCCUCAAGAACCCGCCGAUUCUGCUCCUCGACGAGGCCACCUCGGCGCUCGACAGCCAGACGGAGCGGCAGCUGCAGGGCGCACUCAACACCGUCAUGGAGGGCCGCUCCAGCCUGUCGAUCGCCCACCGCCUCGGCACCAUCAUCAACGUCGACACCAUCAUCGUCAUGGACGCCGGCGUCGUCGUCGAGAGCGGCUCGCACGCCGAGCUGCUCGCCAAGGGAGGGCGCUACAGCAAGAUGUGGGAGCAGCAGAUCAAGACGCAAAAGGAGCAGGAGGCCGCUUCGGCGGCCAUGGAGCAGGCCGAGGCCAAGAAGGACGGCUCCGACUCGGACGAGACGCCAGGGGGCGGAGGAGACCAGCCCGAGGCGCCCGCCGGCAUGCUCGGAAUCGUCCCGCCGAGCCAGACGGGCGAGGCGGAAAACCCGAUCAGGGAUGCGGCUGUCACCGCCGGCACGGCGGAUGAUGCCGAGACGGCGUCUCAGGCGCACGAGGGCGGCGAUGCGGCCGCCGCUACGCAGGGCGAGGUCGCGGCCGCCGCCAGCCUGGCGCAGAAGACGGUUCCCGACGUGACGCCGGCACAGGAGGCCAAUGAAGACGGCGCAGCGUCGGCUGCGGCCGAUGCCGAGACCAAGCACGCGGCGUCCGCUCCGUCGCAGGCGCCCCAGACGCCUGCGCGGUCCUCAUCCCGGCCGACGACCGAUGCGAGCGGCGCCAACGGCCAGGCCGAAGAGGAGCAGCCGGCUGCUGCGUCGCCGUCUUCGAGUCCAUCGAGCCCCAAGAAGCUGCGCCAGCGGGUGGCGAGUUUCCUGCGGAGGGACGGCAACGGCGCCGCCGCCGCCGAGGUCCAGAAGUCGAUCGAGGGCACAAUGGCGGCUCAGACGCAGCCGUCGGCACCCGAUGCGGCCCGUCUGCAGGCAUCGGCGGCGGACUUGGGCAGCGCCCAGACGUCGCCGAAUCCGGACAGCGUCGGGUCCCAGUCGCCGAUGCUGGGCGAGGACGGCGCCGAGACGGGACGCAGCCAGGCCGAGAAGAGGAGGCUGCAGAACCAGAAGAAGAACCGCAAGAAGAAGGAGCGCGAGAGGCGGCAGCGGGAGGCCAGCAAGGCUGCGUCGUCGCAGGGCGAGGAGACCAAGUAG